CGCUUCACUCUUCCUCUCCACCUCCAACUCGACGCCACAGCCCUUGCCAACGAUGCAAACGGGGCAAAACCCACACGACCCACUUACACAGCUGAACAGCCAUAUGGGGUUCGGUGCGAUGGCGGGGCUGAAUCCGUUUGGUGACAUGGGGUUGAAUCCGAAUGACCCGAAUAUGAUGCAAACGAUCAUGAACUCACCCGAGUUCCUCCAGCAAAUGUCUACGAUGUUGCAGAAUCCGGCCAUAGUCGAUCAAGUUAUCGCCAUGAACCCAAAUAUGGCGGGGAUGGGCGCUCAUGUGAGGGAGACGUUGCAGAGUGAGCAGUUUAGGAAUAUGAUAUCAAACCCCGAACAACUCCAACAAAUGAUGCGCAUGGCUCAGAUGUUCAACGGUGCCGGAAUGGGUGGAGGCAUGGGCAUGUUCGGCGCUCCUUCAGCACCUUUCCCCGCGCCUGGUACCCCCAAUGCCAGCUCGACGACACCGAGCACUACAACGUCCAACACUACAUCCCCGACGACGACAACGUCCCCAGCUGCCAAUCCGUUUGGGAUGUUCGGCGGAGCAGGGGGAGCAGGUGGGAAUCCCUUCGCUGCCGACCCCGCUUUGAUGCAGCAACUCCUGAGCGGUGGUGGGUUUGGGGGCGGCGCUGGUGGAUUUGGUGGUGGGUACGGUGCGGGUGGGUUUGGGGGUGGUGGUGCCCCUGCCGUACCGACGGAUACGCGGCCGCCUGAGGAGAGAUUCCAAGUUCAGCUGCAGCAACUUCAGGAUAUGGGGUUCACGAAUGCGGCGCAGAAUGUAAGGGCGUUGCUUGCGACUGGGGGGCGUGUGGAUUCUGCGAUUGAGUAUAUCCUUGGUGGGGGUGGGUUGUAGACUUGUUCUUGGUGCUAGGGUGGGCAGAGCAGACGAGCGGACAGAUGAAUACGCUGUUAUAUUGAUAGUAUGGUGUGCAGCUCUGAACGCAAAUGAACUUGUUUUCUUGUAAGAUUUUGUAGGUACUAAUUGUACGUAUACAUUAUGGCCAAUAACUCUGAUCGACGCUUCUCAC